UAUAAAAUCAAAAAAAAAAAAAAAAAACGACAGCAACAGUUAAACAUGACAUACAAUCAAGAAACCUAGAAUCAAAUAAAGUUUGUCCCGCCGAAACCAAGGAAACCUUUAUAAAAAAAAAUAAAUGACAAAAGUUUUCUCUCAUUCAAUUUGAAAACGACGAUUUGUAUAUACUUGAUUCUAAAAAGGUCAAAAUAACUGUGGGAAAUAAAUGCAUUGCAAAGUAUAAUGGAUGUAAUUACUCUGCCACAUUUAUCACAGAAAGUGGCGAUAAAUUACUUAUCCAAAAUACAAUUAUACAAAAACAACGUCUAAAAAGCUCCUACGCCGAAAAUAACAAUGACCGUACACAUUCUUCUAUUUCGAAUUUUGCAUUUACGACUACGAAUCCUCGAAAUUAUUCAUCAACCAUUUCCCUCAAACAAGAAUCAAAUCUACACAAUGAUUUUGUAUCUUCUUCCAAAAACUGUCAGAUUGAUUCAGUCGCUCCAACAUCUAGUACCACUCCAUUUUUAUGCACAACUUCUGACGAAAUUGAAUUUGACGAUUUUAAGUCUCCUAUCAACUGCCAAAUUGAUUUGCCUUUUUCUGAUCCAAAAUCUGGCAUUUCUACUACAACAGUCGGCACCUUUACCAACAACUAUCCAGAUUCGUCUACCAUUGCCGACAAAUUUUAACAAAAUAUGCAAGAUAAUCUUGGGUCUCCUAACAAAAACUGCCAAACCAGUAAUUAUCAACUUUCAUCCAUUGUACAUGAUACUUCCAUUAUACAAGAAGAUUGUAUAUCUUCUAAUAAACUCGCCCAAAUCGAUGAUCAGACUUCAUUAAAUCUUUCUGAUGUAUCUAAGUCUCCAAACUACAAUCAAAUUCCAAAAAAAUGUUUAAUCAACGAUCAUCAAAAACGGAAUCUUUCUAUUCCCCACACAACUGAGUUUCAUAAAAAAAUCUCUAGUACUUCACUUGCUCUAAAUGCCGUAAGUUUUCUAAACGUCGUAUUCCAAACCCUCGUAUCUGCCAGAACCAGGUUGACGAUACCAAAAACCUGGAUUCUAAUAUUCUUGACACUGUAGAUGACUUGCCACAAAUAUUGCAAAUUGAUAUCAUUAACCAUCCAUACGAAAGCGACACAACCCCAAUUCAACGGAGCUCUAACAUGGAUGGAAGCUUAGAUGCUACAUUCUCUGUUGUAGAAAUCGAAAACAUUUCCAGCAUCGAAGGAAGAAAAUCGGCUAAAUUGGCACACAAGUGUAUGGAGGUCUAUAAUAAAUUAGAACCAGGAAUGAAUUUUAGCAAUCCAGAUAUGACUAUGGGCAAUAGUUCAAUCAAUCCAAUAAAUACUACUUACACCAUCAACGGAGCAGUAGCAGAACCAUUAAAUUUUGUAAAUAAAAAUCUUACGAAAAUCGGUAACGACUCAACGGCUAAAACAACAAGCUCUGUUGGAGAAACCUUAGUAUCGGAAUAUCAACCUGGUUCGCUGCUUCUUGAUUCAAAAUCUUUGGAUAUUUCAACCAAACCAAUAAAACCAAUAAAAGAUCCCAUAAACAUAAACAAUUUAUUGUUGAAAAAUCCCAAUCUGAAGUCAAAACAACAUUUUUGCAUUUUUUGUAGUAAGUUGCAAUCUAAACUCGCAAGGCAUUUUUUCUUGAAACACAAAUCGGAAAAACAAAUAAAACGAGCAAUGACAAUGCCAAAGAAGAGUUUCGAACGUUUGCAGAUAUUAGAGGAACUUCGCAAAGAGGGAGACUUUGUCCACAACAUAAUGAGCAGCAAAAACUCUGGAAUUUUAAUAACUACGCGACAAAAACUUAAAUCUGGUGAAACUGCGGAGGAUUACACUUGUUGCAAGAAAUGUAAAGGCGUUUACAAAAUAGUAAAUAUUCGUAAGCGUCUGAAGAAAUGUUGUGGUUCCGAAAAUAAAGGGAAUAGAAAGAAUCUAAUUGAGGGACGUCAACUUACGCAAUAUAUUCACCCAGCUGCAAGCGAUUUAUUAAAAUUAGAAAUUUUUCCGGUUCUUAACAACGACAAUCUGGUAAAGGAGAUUCGGUAUGAUGAAUUGAUAAUAAAGUUCGGAAAUAAAUUAGAGGAAAAACUUGUACCACAUCAUCAACAUGACCAAGUAAGGGCCAACAUGAGACUUUUGGGGCGAUUUGUAAUUCAAAUGAAAAAAAUAUCACCGGACGUUAAAGAACUUAAAGACAUAUAUAAAUCAUAUCUCUACGACAAUGUUGUUUUAGCUUUGAGAAAUACAGCAAAAUGGAAUAUGCACACCGGUUUUGCUACCCCUUCGGUAGUAUCAAGUCUUUCAACCCUAAUAAAAAAGUGUGGACAUACACAGAAAUCCGAAUUUGUAAAAUCUCAGAACUCUGAUUUAAAAGAGCAGCUCAAGGACUUUAUGAUUCUUUGGGAGGAGGACACUCCAAUACAGAUCAAUUGUAGAGCAAUAUUGGAUCAACAAAAAUUGGAAAGAUUGAAACAUGUAACCCUACCCAGGAAAAACGACAUAACAAAGAUGAACUCUUAUUUAAGCACAAAAAUGAGAAAUGCGUUGAGAGUCUUAUUUACAAAGUAUAGCUAUUAUGAAUGGAGAACAUUAGUUCAGACCUCUUUGGUAUAUAUACAAAUAUUUAAUCGAAGAAGAGCUGGAGAGCCCGAAAGAUUGUUGAUAGAAAAUUAUAAAUUGAAAAACAGUAUCUGUGAUUCUGACAUGACGGAAGAUUUAGCUAAAACUAUGUCAAAAGAAUCAAUGGAUUAUGCUAAAAGAUUCGUAAGAGUAAGUUUAAUUGGCAAACUGGAUAGAGGGGUAAGCGUUUUGUCCGACGAAUUAUGUCAAAGGGCCAUUGAGACCAUAUUGAAAUAUCGCAAAAAAGCUGGAAUAAAGAAAAAUCCAUACAUUUUUUCCCGAAAAGUUAAAUCCAAUUUGGAAAAAAAUAUUAUAGGGCUUGUCCGUUGAUGAGAAAAUUCGCAACAGAAUGUGGUGCAGAUAUGCCAAAUACAUUGAGAGGAACCAUACUGCGGAAGCAUAUAGCUACACACACCUCACUUUUAAAUAUUGGGGAAGCUUCAGCCGACACCCUAGCAAACUUCCUUGGCCAUCACAAAGACAUACAUAAGAGCCAUUAUCGACUUCCAGUGCCAGUGGCGGAAAUCACAACAGUUUCUAAACUUCUGGAAUCAGCAGCAGUAUAUGACCAAGAUGAUGAGGAUGACGACGAAGUUGAGGAGAACCAUAUAGAUAACCAGGACGGUGAGAACGAUAAUGAAAGCAUCGAAAAUGGGGUCAAUGUUGAUAGCAGUGACGGAGACAGUGAUGGAGAAACGAAAGACGAGACCAUGGACAAUGCAAUAAAUAUAACUGAUCUGGAAUCAGAAUAUGAUUUUGAGGAAGAAAGAAGACAAAAAUCAGAUUGAAAAAGAAAUACAUCACCUUACGGAAAGACGACACGGACUCGAUGAAGUAUUAACGAAAUUGAAGAAAUGGAACAAGAAUUUGGGGAAAUCGACCGUUUGGAAAAACUACCUUCAUUGCAAGCAUGCCAGUCGGCUAUAACAAAAUAUAGUUCUCUCCGCCAUCGUGCUCCUGCACAAUUAAAAUCAUGGAUCCACAACAAAUUAAAAAAAAAAAUCGAAGGAAUUAGUUUGUCACCGUGUUGGAGUACUUUUUCCAUUUUUUUUUUUCAAUUUGUGUAUGUAUUUGUUUUAUUACAAUAGCCUGUCUUAUCUUAAUACACAUUCAUUUAGUGAGACCAAAGCAUAUGUUAUAUAUAAAGCUUUUCGUCUCCGGAAGAGCUGGACUCUUAGCUUUUAAGUUUAAGUGAUCUGUUUCUUGUUUUAAACUUCCAAGGAAUUGUUUGCAGUCAAAUUUGACCAAUCAUAGGGCAUAGCAUUCAUGCUAAAAGUCUUAUGGCUCGGAAUGCAACACAAUAUCAGUUGUAAUUUACUAUAUGUAUUGAAUAUCAUAAUUUUUAACAAUUUUCUUAACUGAACGUGCAAAACACUAAUUUAAUAAAACAAAAUUAAAACUUUA